AUGGUUCGGCGACACAACGUGGUGUGUGCUCUCCUCAGGCCUGGCUGGCGACCAGUGUGGCAGGUGGCUGGUGCGGCUGACGGGCCUCACUUCUCUUCAUGCAAGCUGUGCGAUGCGCCCCUCGGCAACACCCUCCACCAUUAUUGCCUGCAGUGCCCACUUGUCACCCAUUUCUUACCUCAAGGACUCACGCUCAUUGAAACUUGCCAAUAUUUAUUGAGCAGUGAUGCUCUUGAAGUUCUUCUAAUGCGCCAUCCACACUUUGUGUUACUCUACAACAAGACGCAGGUGGAGGAGAGUGUGGUGAAAGGGACCCUGGCACUGAGGGAGGGACCGAGAUGGAAAUCCCUCUGCCUUGCGACCAUACCUGAGAGACUGGCAAAUCAUGUGUGUCGCUUUCUAGGCUACAGUGAACUGGGAGGCAUUGAUUACACACAGGCACCAAUCUUCACGGAUCCAGUAUCACGGGUGUUAACCAGUUACAAUGCUACCAGCAAUUCUUCUCUAGCACCACCAGCAACACCAGUACUCAACAUAAUAUUCCCCGAAAUCACAAGUACCAUAAAAGCUGAAGUGCGUGAGAGAAAAGAAAACGGUAACAAAUUACUCAAAGACGUACUGGCUCUGAAAGGAAAUGACCCUGACAACCGCAAUCCAGCUCACCUUUCGGUACUUAAAGAUGUGUUGUCACUCAGACAUUUCACCAAGCGAGGCAGGACAUGUCGCCAGGCUGUGUUGACGUGUCAAGUGGAAGCAUGUGGCAAGGUUCCUCUCUAUUACUUCAGUAAGGAGACACCCGUGUGGAGAGUCGGUGGCGUACCAUGGGCAGCUGGAGUGUACGUGGAUGGUGUGUACAGAUGUGGGGGCACUCUAGUCAGGCCUCAAUGGGUGGUGACUUCUGCAGUCUGUCUGGCAGGUAUCAAUCUCCGGCAGGAGGUAGUGAUGGUGGUGAUGGGAUCUUUUCGGCGCCUGGGAACACCCACCAGAAUUUUCGGUUCCCACGAGAAGGAGCGACGCGUAGACCUCCUCAAGAGAGUGAAGGAUUCUGAUAUCUUACUCCUUCGCCUUGCUCACAAGAUGCCCAAAACAGACUAUAUUAACCAUCUCUGUCUUCCUGAAUCUGCCCCGUCCUUAGGAGCCAUGGGCCAGUGCACCGUGGCAGGGGAAAACAUACACCACGGCAAGGAGAGUGUGGGUGUUCCUUUGACACUCACGAAGGAAUGCGAGGCAGGGAAUCUCUGCAUUCUGCCGCGGGAGGAUUUUGAGACUUGUACGGAAUCGUGGGCGGGCAUAUUGGCGUGUCAACCGCCCGACCAGUAUAACCCCACAUGGCAGGCGGUGGGCGUGUGGACAUACAGGGCACCAUCGCAAGAUGGAGAGUGCCGCUCCGCCCUAAGCCACCCUCGGCUCACCAACGAUCAUCUCGCAACUAUGCACGCAAUUUUUAUGGACAAUGAAAAGACUCAGACAACGUUCCCUGAGGAGCCCCUGAUGGAAUGCGACGGACGCCUGUGUGCUACGGGCGUCUGUGUAACUUCCCAGCAGGAGUGUGACGCCCGUCUGGACUGCCCUGAUCUUACUGAUGAACUGUCCACAUGUCAGUUGAAUGUCACUACCUGUCUACCUGAGGAUGUCACUGUCAAUGUCACUGCUAACUUCACCAUGGAGUGUAAGUGUCUGGAUGGAGGAUGGGCGUGCCGGAAUGGAGUGUGUCUCCCGAUGGAGCGUGUGUGUGAUGGUGUGAUAGAUUGUGAGCAAGGAGAGGACGAGGAAGAUUGCUCCUGCUGCAGAAUUGUAGCGCUUAGGACCCCUGAGAGGAUCUGUGACCGCACCGUGGACUGUGACGAUGGCAGGGAUGAAAAGAACUGCUCCUGUGACGCCGUAGAGGAAUUUAAAUGUUACAGAUCGGAGCCUCAGUUGUGUUUGGAGCGCGAGCGGGUGUGUGAUGGCAAAAAGGACUGCCAGCAGGGUGAAGACGAGGGCAUUUGUGUCACUCUCGCCCCUAACAUGACGGUGCUGGAGGACGAGUUCGGGAGGCCAAAAGACCGCAGUCCUCGUGGGUACCUGAUAGUGCGUCUGGCGGGCGCCUGGUACACCUUUAUUUACAGCAGGUGGGAAACGUACCUGUCGCAUCUCAUCUGCCUACAGCUGGGGUACUUAUUUGCCAAGGACACCACUUUCAGGAACACUACGUGUAUGGCUAUCGGGAAAGAGUGGCUAGAGGAGGAGAGGAUGGUGGUGGUGAAGGAAUUGAUGGAAGAUGCUGUGGUGGACGUUGUGUGGAUCGACUGUGAGACAGACAAUAAGCCUAUGAAACAUUUAAUUCGGCGUUCUGUUCCUCUUCAGUCUGUUCUUGAGGGAGAUGGGAUUAGGGUGUAGGCUGUGUUAAAUGUCCGUUUUUUCUUCUUUUUUCCCUUUAGUAGAUAAAUGAAUAUAUAAUUACAAAUA